AUGGAGAGAGAUUCAGAGUUCUUGGUAAAGAAGGCUGAGAGGGCCACACUGAGAACGUGCUUAAGAGACAAAUACAGACUACCAAAGGUAAGACAGUCUCCUCUCAUUCUCAUGUCAUAUGAAACAAGACGAUAAAUUCUUUAGAUACAAAUGCCCUCAAUAAUAAAAAACUAUACUGAACAAAAAUAUAAACGCAACAUGCAACAAUUUCAAAGAUUUUACUGAGUUACAGUUCAUAUAAGGAAAUCAGACAAUUUAAAUAAAUUCAUUAGGUCCUAAUUUAUGGAUUUCACAUGACUGGAAAUACAGAUAUGCAUCUGUUGGUCACAGAUACCUUUUUUUUAAAGGUAGGGGCGUGGAUCAGAAAACCAGUCAGUAUCUGGUGUGACCACCAUUUGCCUCAUGCUGAUCAAGCUGUUGAUUGUGGCCUGUGGAAUGUUGUCCCACUCCUCUUCAAUGGCUUUGCGAAGUUGCUGGAUAUUGGCGGGAACUGGAACAUGCUGACGUACACGUCGAUCCAGAGCAUCCCAUACAUGCUCAAUGGAUGACAUGUCUGGUGAGUAUGCAGGCCAUGGAAGAACUGGGACAGUUUCAGCUUCCAGGAAUUUUGUACAGAUCCUUGCUACAUGGGGCCAUGCAUUAUCAUGCUGAAACAUGAGGUAAUGGCGGUGGAUGAAUGGCAUGACAAUGGGCCUCAGGAUCUCGUCACAGUAUCUCUGUGCAUUCAAAUUGCCAUCGAUAAAAUGCAAUUGUGUUCGUUUUCUGUAGUUUAUGCCUACCCAUACCAUAACCCCACUACCACCAUGGGGCACUCUGUUCACAACGUUGACAUCGGCAAACCGCUCGCCCACACAAUGCCAUACACGCUGUCUGCCAUCUGCCCGGUACAGUUGAAACCGGGAUUCAUCUGUGAAGAGCACACUUCUCCAGCGUGCCCAUGGCCAUCGAAGGUAAGCAUUUGCCCACUGAAGUCAGUUACCGCACGCCGAACUGCAGUCAGGUCAAGACCCUGGUGAGGACGCCGAGCAUGCAGAUGAGCUUCCCUGAGACGGUUUCUGACAGUUUGUGCUGAAUUUCUUUGGUUGUGCAAACCCAGUUUCAUCAGCUGUCCGUGUGGCUGGUCACAGAUAUCCUGCGUUUGAGCCCCAGACCAAACAUGCCCUGUGUUUUUGUGUGUGUGUGCGUCUGUAUGCCCUCUGUCUCACAGGCUAUGCAGGGAGUGUCCCUCUCUUGCAGGGUCAUAGAGGGUCACAUGUGAUGCUAAACUAAGUUGUUGUUUGAAGUGUUAGCUGUUGGACCUAAAUUCCCUCAGUAAAAACGGUACCUACAGUAUGCUAAAAGAUGAAAACAAUAGAAUUUAAACAUGAUGAUAUUGAUACAGCACAUUGGCAUAAUACAUUCCUCCUCAAUCAGUCUGACCUGUGCCUUUCUUGCUGUGCUUAGAGUGAACAGGAUGCAAACCUGUUGGAGUUGGCAGGAGAUGACAUCGACGUGCCUGAAGAACUACUCAAGAUGGUGGACGAGGAUGCCACAGAGGAGGAGGAGAAGGACUCUAUCCUGGGCCAGAUACAGAACCUACAGAACAUGGACAUGGACCAGAUCAAGGAGAAAGCCUCAGCAACCAUGGUUGAGAUGAAAUCUAAAGCAGAGGAGAAGUGCUGUGUCAUGUGA